AUGAACGCUAUUGUUGCUUUGAUCUCUGCUGUCAGCGUCUUCGCUGUCUCUGCUCUUCACCUUGACUUCACUGGUGAUUUGGCUGCCCAUGGUGCCGUCGUCAAGGGUGUCCACCAUGGUGCCCAUGUUGCUCACUUUGUCGCCGGUGGUGAGGAUGUCGAGGGCUUCAAGUGCGGUGCUCACUUCUCCUGGGUUGCUCCAGCUGGCAAGGCCGUCAAGGAAGUUUUGGCUUUCUCUCACUGCAAGAAAGGUGGUCUUGUUUUGUUCCAUCUUACCUUCACUGAUGGCGCUGAGGCCUUCUUCCAUGUCGUUGGCGGUGUUGCUAAGGAGCUUGCUCACCGUGUCUGGUUGGCUAAGCUCGCCAAGGGUGUCUGCAAGCAUGCUCCAGCUCUUGCUGGCUUGCCACAUCAUGCUCUUUUGGCUGAUUUGGCUCAUGUCUUGGCCUAAGAGUCUUGAAAGAUUUAGUUUUUAGUAAUGUCAUCAUUACUCAGUUUGUUUUCAAACGCUUAAAUUUCACUGUAAUGGUUACAGUUGUGUAAUGUGAUUAUUAUCU